GUUCUUGACUAUAUAUAUUGCAUCUGUGUGGAGCAAUCAGGUACUCUGCUCCUCCAAGAGACUCUACACAGACGCAUCACUGUAUAACUGCAGAAGACGGUCAAGAUGAAAGCUGUGGCAAUCUUCUUGUGUUUUGUGGCCUACACAUUCGCUGCCCCAGCGCCCGACAGCGGCAGCCAGGAGCAGCAGAUAGCUGCCCAUGCUAACACAGCCCUGCAUCUGAUGGAACUCUACAGGAUGUAUGGCCACCUGCAGCAACAGGGUGUCGCAGCUCCUGCUCCAGCUCCAGUUCAGGCACAGGCUCAGUCUGUUCAACCUCAGCAACCCUUCCUGUUUAACUACCCAACCCUGCCCAGAGGAGGAGAUAACUCUGAUGAGGAAGCACAGCCUAAUUACGCUGCAUUUUACCCUCCCCAUGGCUUCCCAGCUGUACCAGCAGCACCGGCGGCACCAGCAGCCCCACUGAACUCCGAUGAAGCCGAGGGAGCAGAAGAGGCCGAGGCCGUAGAAGCAGAACCAGCAGCUGAAGCCGAACCGGCAGCCGAAGCCGAACCUGCAGCUGAAGCGGUCCCAGCAGCCGAAGCGGUCCCAGCAGUCGACCCUGCAGUCGACUUAGCAGUCGACCCAUUAGUCCCUGUUGCCGCUCCCAUCGACCCCGCUGUCAUUGACCCCCAUGUGGCUGUUGAAGUAGGCAUUGAGGUUCCUGCCUCCGCAAACAUCCCUGCCGCCGAUGUCCUCGCAGCUGCCACUGCCAUAGCUGCCGACCCGGCCCUUGUCCCCCAGGGGGCGCCGGUGGCUAUUGAGAUCGACACCACAGUGGUGGGGCCAGAGGUUGGCGCUCCAAUCGUUGCGGACUCUCCUGUCCAACCGUUUUAAUCACCUCCGCCCCAUCCCACCCCGCCCACCCCAACAACUAUCUAUAAGAUUAAUCAGCCACAUCACUACUGUAGAGGAUUCACAGUUAGCAGCAUAGCUCGGGAGGUGGGCGGGGUUACAGUUUACAUCCAGUCUAUGUGCGCGAAAGGUUGAUUUGUGUGAACCUCAGUGUGAAAAUUGAAGCUCUGGGAGUGUGAGGAAACCUCAUGUAUGAUUCAGUCUUUUCUCUGUAUUUUUGUCUACGCUUGUUUUUCUUCAAAUUAAACAUGUCUGUCUUCA